GCUGCAGCGAUCCGAUAGGGAGAGAGAGAGAGAGAGAGAGAGAGAGAGAGAGAGAGAGAGAGAGAGAGAGAUCUCCGACGUAACGGGAGGCGAUGAAGAACACGGCCACCGGGGAGCAACAUCCGUCGACGCGACGGUACAGGGGCGUGCGGCUGAGGAAGUGGGGCUCGUGGGUGGCGGAGGUGCGGUUCCCCAACAGCCGGGAGAGGCUGUGGCUUGGCUCCUACCCGACUCCUGAGCAGGCGGCGAGGGCCUUCGAUGCUGCCGUGUACUGCCUCCGUGGGCCAGGCGCUGCGCUCAACUUCCCCGAACAACCGCCCCACAUACCCUCGGCCAGUACGCUGAACCGGGAGGAGAUACGGGCCGCAGCCGUACGGUUCGCUCAUGACGUGCCUAGGCGGGCUGAGGAGGCACAAGGCGGUGGUGGAGAGGCAACGACUGGCGUGGUGUCUCCAGGGGAGGCGAACUCGCGAGCAAUGGCGGAGUCGAUGGAGGUCUUCCCGGCGUUUUACUUCCCAGGAGUAUCGGGGUGGUCGAAUGAGGAGGAAGAGGAUGUUUGGGCUGCUGCCGCUACUGCUUCUAUCGAUGACAUUUAUAGAUCAUCACCUCUCUGGAACUUUUGAAGCCCAUUCUUCAGACGGAAACGUCGAUAUAUUUAUAGUGUGUGUGCAUCUAAACAAUUUUGGAGCUUGAGAACCAAUGUUUUGCGAACAUACUCGUAGAUUUCAGAAGAGAUGUAGCAGUGUCUCUUUGUCUGUCGAACAUGCUCCUUCUGCUCAUGAUACAUCUGAGAGUACUAAUUAGUAGACAAAGUGGGGUCAAAAGCUCUACAAUUGUGCGACUCAAAAGGGACCAUAUACCAAUUCCCAAAAGGACACAUUGCUCGCGUCUGCAAGUGUUAAUAUUAGAAACCGAAACACGCACAUGGUCUGACUCCGGCGACAGGUGGCCGCGGUAUGCAGGGGAAGAAGAAGAAGAGGUGACUUAAUGGACAAGAAGUGUGAAUGGAGAACAUUGACAUGUGUAAUGGUUUAGAGAACAUCUCAUUGACUCGAUUUCUGUGGUCACUUAAUUACCAUUUGCUCCAAAACAUCACGAGAACAAGACUUCUGACCUCAACACCCCGAGCUUUCCAUCAUCGCCGCUCCGUCGCAGGCACAAAUCGCAAGAAUCGGUCGACGAUUCAGGAACGCUAAUUCCUGACGCGAGGGAGGCUGCCACACCUCACGGCUGCGGAGCUUCUGCAGGGGGUUGGACGGCAUCGCAACCCCGCUUCCUGGACGUCAUAGGGAGGCGGAAUCGCCCGCUCUUCGCGCUCCUCCUUUGAGAGGAGCAGGCGAGG